UCCAGUGAGUCAGAUUUGAAGCUGACGAUUUGGUGGUCGAGGGCUUGGGCAUGCAGGAUUGCUGCACGAAGUGCCAGAGCUUCUGCAAUUAGUGGCGAUGCGACGAAAAGUUCUGAUCCCAUUCCUGUCUGUUGGGGAGUCGUUGGAUCACCGAAAUGCCACCCAAACCCCCCUUUUUGGAGAUCCGCCAUCCAAGCUGCAUCAGUGUGGCAGUCGACAGAGUUCCACGGAGGAUUUGGUAUAUCUCAGGGUCGGGUGUUGACUACGGGGGUAACCUUCUUCUUGCUUAGGUUUGCCUCCUGCCAAUCUCGAGCCGCCUUUAUCCCUUUUGCAAUGACCUCUUGCACCGAGACUACUCGAUUUUCGAAGAUGAAGAGGUUACAGGCGUUCCAAAUCUGCCAGCAUAGCCAGGGAAACAGCGGUCCGAGGCCGACUCCAGCCGGUGGAAGGCAGAUGAGACGUUUUCCCGUUGCCAGUCCCUCGAGGAAAGUGCCAACGGCGUUAACAUCCAUCGUUGUCGCGAAGGGUGAUAGCUGCCAUACCGAUCUCGCGAAGGCACAAUGGAGAAAGAGAACAAUCUGUGUGCUUCGAGCCAAACAGCCGCCCCUUCCAAGUGUCCUCUCCUUACCCACUGCUCCUCUCCAUUUUCCUCUUCUCCAUUAUCUUCCCAAUUUCUCUGGCUCAAAGCCUAUCUCUUCUGAACACUCCACCGCUUCCUUCUCUCUUGCUUUUUCCUCCCUCUCUCUGGUCUGGUUUGGAUCUGUCAGAGAGAUCUGCUUUAAUCUCAAUUUCAUUCUGAAGUGGGGAUGGAGAGAGGACAACUUGAUGGAUAUCCGUAAGGGUAAACGCGAGGAGAUUGAUGAAGAAUAGUCGUGAUGCUGGCCAGAUGUUGAGUGACAAUGACUUUCUUUGUUAAUCAUGAAACCAUAUAAUGUUAUACUAUUUUUCAUGAUUUGUGAUUAUACUAUGUAAUUUAUGUGAUUAAUGUAAUGGUAGUUUACUCUGUAGUUUACAUUAGACUUAAAAAUAUCAUUGACAAAUAAUUUAUAGCAAGUAAUUUAUAGCUUUAAUA